AAUGGUAUCCAAAUACUUAUUUAUGCAGGAGGUAAAAAGAAACCCCUCAAGGCUGCCAAAAAGCAGUCGAAGGAUAUGGACGAUGAGGACAUGGCUUUCAAACAGAAACAGAAAGAGGAGCAGAAAGCAAUGGAACAGUUGAAAGCCAAGGCUACUGGAAAAGGACCUUUAACUGGAGGUGGCAUCAAGAAGUCUGGGAAGAAAUGAAUGUGUUUUAGUGUAUAUUUGCUUGCCGUUUAAACCACCAACUCGUGUUUUGGGUCCACAGUGGUGACGUAAAAUGAUUAUUUUUUUUAGUUUAUAGUUCUCUUAUAUUUUGUAGAGGAAUAAAGUUUGUAGUGACUGUAAAUUUCAAUUUCAGAUGUUUAAUGUCUUUGUGAAACAUUCAUAUGACAGUCAAAGCUCAUGAAAAAUAACUACAAUAUCCAAACAUUUCAAGUCUCAUGUAAACAAUCACAGAAGUGUUAAGCUUAUCUUCAUCCGAUCUCCACACUUUUCUUGUCCACGAAUGUUCCAUCUCACAAUAUCAUCUUUGUUCAACCUAAACAAAAAAAACUUGAUGUUAUUGUUUCUUUUUGUUAUAUAGUAUUCGUCAUUGAGUUGCUCUUCAUGUGUCUUACGUUGACGUUUAAGCAGUUUUUUCUUCAGUUCCACUUCUACUGGAUAGUGGUCUGUGUUGGAUAAUAAAUCUGUGUUUAAGAAGAAUACUCAACCUGUCCUC